GGCAAACUGCAAACAAAACCAGUAAAAAAAAAAAACGGGAAUUCGACCGGGCGCGCAUUGAAAAGGGAUUUGCAAUUUUGCAUUGAAAUCUUCUUCUCAAAGUUUCCUUCUCUUUUCAACUCACACUGUUACCCGCUAACGCCUUCUCUCUUUCUCUCCGUGAAAAAUGGAUUUUGAGCAUGAAUCUGAUGAUCCUUUCAGAGACGACGAGGAUGACCCCGAUGCUCACCUCUCUCUGGAAAAAGAGUCCACAAAGGAGUACGUGGUUUACCUGGUGGAUGCUUCCCCUAAAAUGUUCACCUCAACUUGCCCUGCCUCUGCGGAUGAUCAAAAGGAAGAAAGUCACUUCCACAUUGCUCUCAGCUGUAUCUCUCAAUCACUCAAGAAUCAGAUCAUCAACAGGUCCUAUGACGAACUUGCCAUUUGCUUUUUUAACACUAGGGAGAAGAGAAACUUACAAGAAUUGAGUGGUGUUUUUGUAUUUAAUGUUCCUGAAAGAGACUAUCUAGAUAGGCCAACUGCUAGGCUCAUAAAAGAAUUUGACCGCAUCGAGGAAUCUUUUGCCAAAGACAUUGGAAGCCAGCAUGGUAUUGUGCCUGGGACUAGAGAAAAUUCUCUCUACAAUGCUAUCUGGGUGGCGCAAGCUCUUCUUCGUAAGGGGUCAGCAAAGACAGUUGAUAAACGUGUGCUUUUGUUCACAAAUGAAGAUGAUCCUUUUGGGUGUAUUAAAGGGGCUAUCAAAUCAGAUAUGAAAAGAAUGACGUUGCAGAGAGCUAAGGAUGCACAGGAUCUUGGCAUCUCUAUCGAACUUCUUCCGUUGAGUCAUCCGAGUGAUCCGUUUAAUGUAUCUCAGUUGUAUGCUGAGUUGAUUGGGCUUGAAGAAGAUGAACUUGCUGACUUCAUGCCAUCAGCCGGAAACAAAUUGGAGGACAUGAAAGAUCAGCUAAGAAAGCGCAUGUUUAAGAAACGCAUAGUCAAAAAGCUCAAAUUCAUUAUAGUGGAUGGUAUAUCUAUUGAAUUAAAUUCAUAUGCUUUAAUUCGCCCCACUGUUCCAGGAGCAAUCACAUGGCUUGAUUCCGUCACAAAUCAACCUUUGAAGAGUGAAAGAACCUUCAUUUGUGCCGAUACUGGUGCCUUGGUCGAAGAAUCUACUAAACGGUUUCAUCCUUAUAAAAAGGAGAGCAUUCCAGGGAGAUUAGGAGUUUCUCGAAUUGGAUCACAUAACCAGUUCUUGUUCUGGAAAUUUUUGUUCAUUGAAGGAACAAGCGAGCUGGCUUAUCUCACUAGCCAGAAUAUCGUUUUUUCAACGAAGGAGCUAUCUGAGAUCAAAAGAUUUUCGACUGGACACCUGCAUCUUUUAGGUUUCAAGCCACUAAGUUGCUUAAAAGAUUAUUACAACUUGAAGCCAUCAACCUUCCUUUACCCUAGUGAUGAGGCUAUGGAUGGUAGCAUCUGUAUCUUUAUUGCCCUUCAUAGGUCCAUGAUACAGCUCAAACGUUUUGCAGUUGCAUUUUAUGGUGGUUCAUCUCGACCUCAAUUGGUUGCCCUAAUUGCACAGGAUGAAGUUAUCCAGUCAGGUGGUCAGAUCGAGCCGCCUGGAAUGCACAUGAUUUAUCUUCCGUAUUCUGAUGACAUCAGACUUGUUGAAGAGCGUCAUUCAGAAAAAGUUGGAAUGGUGACUAGAGCAAGUAACGAUCAAAUAAAGAAAGCAGCUGAUGUAAUUAAGCGUAUUGACUUGAAAGAUUUUUCCAUAUGCCAAUUUGCUAACCCAGGCUUGCAGAGACACUAUGCAGUAUUGCAGGCAUUAGCUCUGGAGGAGGAUGAGAUUCCAGAAAUAAAAGACGAAACAUUACCUGACGAGGAAGGCUUGGCCAGACCAGGAGUGGUGAAGGCAUUAGAAGAAUUCAAGACCUCAGUUUAUGGAGAGAAUUACGACGAGGAAUGUGAAGCCAAUGCGAAGCCAAGUGAAGCCUCCAAGAAACGAAAGGCACAAGCUGAGGUCGCAACAAAAGAGUGUGAAAACUAUGAUUGGAGUGAACUUGCUGAUACUGGAAAGUUGAAGGAUUUGACCGUGGUGGAGUUAAAAUAUUAUCUUACAGCACAUAAUCUUCCUGUUUCUGGGAAGAAGGAGGCCUUAGUCAGCCGAAUAUUAACUCACAUGAAAAAAUGAACAAGAUGGAUAUCCCUGAUUCUUAACUAGAAUGCUUAUGAUUCCAUGUACUUAGAACAGCUCCUGAAUAUACUAGUAAUGUUAUCUUGCAUAUUGUUGGUUAAAAACUGAUCUCUGCUUGCAUUGGUAAAUUUUUGUGACGAAGUUUUGCUGUUUGAUUCAAACUAACUAACCCGCAGAGUAUGACAUUUUAUUUUGCAAGUUGUCUUAAAUAGUGUAGAGCUAUGUUAAUAUAUGACGAUUUUGGUUUAUUUACUGGACAAUGAAAAUGGUGGAUUCUAUUUUC